AUGUCCGACUUUAUUCCUCGCGCUGAUGAGGCUAAGGCUGCGCUUGCCCACCUCAACACGAUCGAUUUGGAUGACCCUGAGACCCACAAAGAUGCUAUAUCACACUGCCAAGCGACUAUUACUGCGUUGCAAAAGCCAGGCGAUUUAGCCUUGGAAAGCUUCACAACAUUCACCAUCUUCCCCUGUCUCCGAACCGCAAGCGAUCUGAGAAUCUUUGAAAGGCCGAGGGAUGGGCCUUUAACGCUACAGCAACUUGCGGAACAAACGGGGGCCGAAACAAGUCUUCUCGCUCGACUAUUGAGGGUCAUUACUGGAAUAGGGGUAAUCCAUGAAUCAGGUCCAGAGACCUACACUGCAACGCCGACCUCGCAUAUCUUAGGAAGCCCGGCAUUUGCCGCCGGGUUCCGGAUGUUCGGCAAAAUUGGCCCCAACUUACAAAGCUUCCCCGACUAUCUCCAGGCCACGAAGUACCGCAAUCCGUCCGACAGCGACAGCUCCUCAGGAAUCUUCCAAUCCUGCUUUCACACCGACCACAGUUUCUUCAGCUGGCUGGCAGCCAACCCUAGCAUCGCGCACGACUUUAACACCUUCCAGACUACAAAACGCAAUCGACAACACUGGAGCGAGUCAUACCCCGUCUGGGCCCGCAUCACGGAGGGCGUGGACACCCUCCAUUCCGAUAGACCCCUGCUCGUUGAUGUCGGCGGCAGCGUCGGCCAUGGCCUGCGUGCUGUAAAGGCUAAGUUCCCCCAUCCGCUGCAAACAGGCCAGCUUAUCCUGCAGGACCAACAGUCCGUUAUUGAGACCAUCCAAGCCGAUAUGCGGGACCCAAUGAUCGAGUAUAUACCGUAUGACUUUUUCACGCCGCAGAUGGUGAAGGGCGCCCGUGUAUAUCUACUCAAGCAUAUCAUCCACAAUUGGCCAGACGAUAAGGUGGUGAGCAUUCUAAGAAAUGUGACCUGCGGAAUGAGGAGAGGCUAUUCAAAGCUGUGGUUGUUUGGAGGCAUUAUGCCCGAGUGGCAGGCACCUAGGAUCCUGUCGAGAAUGGAUAUUGUGAUGAUGGUGUUUAUGGCGGCGAUGGAGCGGACGGAGAGACAUAUUACGGAGCUGCUGAGGAGGGCGGGGCUGGUGGUGACUGGAGUGGAUAUCGUGAUGGAGGGUUAUGGGGUAAUUGAGGCCAUGCUGCAGGUGGAAGCCUGA